AUGGUGGUUACGUACAAUAGACGCGGCAAGCCACAUCACGAAGAGGUGAAUAAUCAGGUGCGUCUGGGUCUGACGGCCAGGACGGUGCGACGCCACAGACAAGCGGCGUCUUUCACCCGUAAUUUGCGCCGGCGUUUAUUUGAACGCGUCGAGAGCGGCGCCCACGCGCCCCGGCCGCAUGUCGCGCGCCCGCCCGGCCCCGCCCCGCCCCGGCCGCCGCGCCCGCGCCCCCCGCCGCCGCCGCCCCCCGCCCCCGGCCGCCGCCCCCGCUCGCGUGUGCUGCGGUCGGCGCUGCGGCCGCCGCUCGGUCGCCCCUCGGGGCCGCGCUUCUCCAAGCGCGCUGAUCGGCGCUGGCCUGGGGCGGCGUGGGCGCCGGCGCCCGGUUCGUCGGCCAAAGCGGCGCGCAUCCGGCAUCGGCGGCGGCGCCGGCCGAGAGCGCUGCCGCCAGUGGAGGAGCGGCGCUGCGGCUUUUCCAGGCGACCGGGGCGGGCGGGCGGUGCGGCGGGGCGCCGGAUCAAUGUUGUUCGCCGCUCGGGCGUCGGGCGGCCGGACGCCGUUGACCUCAACCGCCCGUCGCUGCCGCCCCCGGCGAAGGCGCCCGUGGCCGCCCGCCGGCCACCCUCGUACCACCUCAGCUCGCAGGACGAGGCGGAGGGCGGAGCGGGGGCGCACACGGGCCAGUUCUCGGGGGUGGCGGCCCACUUCGAGCCCAUCCCCCACGACCACGACUUCUGCGAGAGGGUGGUGAUCAACGUGAGCGGUCUCCGGUUCGAGACGCAGCUCCGCACCCUCAACCAGUUCCCCGACACGCUUCUGGGCGACCCCGCGCGCCGCAUUCGCUACUUCGACCCUCUUCGCAACGAGUACUUCUUCGACCGCAACCGGCCGUCGUUCGACGCCAUCCUGUACUACUACCAAAGCGGCGGCCGCCUCCGGCGCCCGGUCAACGUACCGCUGGACGUCUUCUCGGAGGAGAUCAAGUUCUACGAGCUGGGCGAACUCGCCACCAACAAGUUCAGGGAGGAUGAAGGCUUCAUCAAGGAGGAGGAGAAACCGCUGCCCUCGCACGAGUUCCAGCGGAAGGUGUGGCUGCUGUUCGAGUACCCCGAGUCGUCGCAAGCGGCGCGGGUGGUGGCCAUCAUCUCGGUGUUCGUGAUCCUUCUGUCCAUCGUGAUCUUCUGCCUGGAGACCCUGCCCGAGUUCAAGCAUUACAAGGUGUUCAACACCACCACCAACGGUACGAAGAUCGAAGAGGACGAAGUGCCCGACAUCACAGACCCCUUCUUCCUGAUCGAAACCAUCUGUAUCAUCUGGUUCACGUUCGAGCUGUCGGUCAGGUUCCUCGCGUGCCCAAAUAAACUGAACUUUUUCCGCGACGUGAUGAACAUUAUCGACAUAAUCGCCAUCAUUCCGUACUUUAUAACGCUGGCGACAGUCGUAGCGGAGGAGGAGAGCACUCUGAACGUGGUGCGGGCGCCCGUCAGCCCGCAGGACAAGUCGACGAACCAGGCGAUGUCGCUCGCCAUCCUCCGAGUGAUCCGGCUGGUGCGCGUGUUCCGAAUAUUUAAACUGUCGCGACAUUCGAAAGGACUACAAAUCCUCGGAAGAACUUUAAAGGCCUCCAUGCGAGAGUUAGGCCUGCUCAUUUUUUUCUUGUUCAUAGUCCUCGCGUGCGCUCCUUUCCCAUCUCGCUGGUUGCAGGCGUAUCCUGUUCUCGUCUGCCUUGUACUUCGCCGAGGCCGGCUCCGAGAACCCUUCUUCAAAAUCCAAUUCCCAGACGCUUUUGGUGGGCGUGGUUACCAUGACGACCGUGGCGUUGGUGACAUGAGGCCGGUCGGGGUGUGGGGCAAGAUCGUGGGCUCGCUGUGCGCCAUUGCGGGUGUGCUGACCAUCGCGCUGCCCGUGCCUGUCAUCGUAUCCAACUUCAACUACUUCUACCACCGGGAGACUGAUCAGGAGGAGAUGCAGUCGCAGAACUUCAACCAUGUCACUUCGUGCCCGUACCUGCCCGGGACUCUGGGCCAGCACAUGAAGAAGAGCUCGCUGUCCGAGAGCUCGUCGGACGUCAUGGAACUGGAGGAGGGGCUGCUGCUAGCACCAGCCACCAAGAAACAGCAUAACUGCAACCCGCGCUCCAACCACAACAUCAAUGCCAUGUCCAUCGAGACGGACAAAUGCCUGGCUAAAACACGAGGAUGCCCGAAGAACGAGUCCCAAAUCAAAUCCUUCAGUACAACCCAAAUGGAUGAAGAGUCAUUAGAAGCCCGCUCAAGAGUUGGAUCAACCUUCUUGCAUCAGAAACAGGUUAAAUAGCCUGGUUCCUAAUCGGAGAAGUAGUUUUGUAAAAAUAAUUUUGUAAGUUUAUUAUAUUCGUUUCGAAGUAUGUCUAAGCAAUAUGAUUGUAUCACGUACAAUAAAAUGUAUU